AUGGCAUCAAGGAAGCUGUGGAGAUGGGAUCUACAAGUCUCUGAUCCUCAUGUAUUUUAUGAUUUGUUCAACUUGCAUAUCUGUAAAGCCUCAGCAUUGAUUAUCUUAGUUGCGGUUGUGCUAUAUGCUAAACCAACGAAGUCUGUUGUCUGGGACAUGCUGAGAAUUUAUAAUGAUUUUGUUGAUGCUCAAGAGAGACGCAGUUCUAAUCUUAACGAAAGUGAGGAGUCUGACAGCAUGACUUAUUUUACUUUGACAGAUUCAACUUGCAGCUUCGGAUUAUAUUGGUAUGAUGGACUCAUUGCAACCGGGACUGCUUCUUUGACUAAGCUUGGAGCGGCACAUUUGGAGGAAUAA